GGAGUGAACAUGUGGUUGGAUUCCAUGUCUUCAGAAAAAUCUAAUGCAAGAAUUCAGGUUUAGCUGAACUCACUUUCCAGUGACCAUGAGGGACAAAGAUUACUGUGAAAGUGGGUACCUGAAGUGCUGGGUCCCCUACCUCAUUCCCCAUGAAUGCUAUAGAAAGUUCUGAGGGGCAGGAGCUGCAAAACCUGGGAGGCGGAGCCUGGGACAACCCUGCCUACAGUGGUCCUCCUACUCCCCAUGGGACACUGAAGAUCUGCACCAUCUCCAGUGCGGUGCCCCCCAAGCCCGAACCCAAGAAGCCUGAAGAUGGACCGCAGGAGAAGGCUCACCGGAUCCUGGUGUCCAGCUGUUGCCUCCAGAUCAGUCGAGGCAUCAGAGGACUUUGGGGAACAACCCUGACUGAGAACACCGCUGAGAACCGGGAACUUUAUAUCAAGACCACCCUGCGGGAGCUUUUGGUGUAUAUCGUGUUCCUGGUGGACAUCUGUCUCUUGACCUACGGAAUGACAAGCUCCAGUGCCUAUUACUACACCAAAGUGAUGUCUGAGCUCUUCUUACAUACCCCGUCAGACACCGGAGUCUCCUUCCAGGCCAUCAGCAGCAUGGCGGACUUCUGGGAUUUUGCCCAGGGCCCACUACUGGACAGUUUGUAUUGGACCAAAUGGUACAACAACCAGAGCCUGGGCCACGGCUCCCACUCCUUCAUCUACUAUGAGAACCUGCUUCUGGGGGUUCCAAGGCUGCGGCAGCUGAGGGUUCGCAAUGACUCCUGUGUGGUGCAUGAGGACUUCCGCGACGACAUUCUGAACUGCUAUGACGUCUACUCCCCGGACAAGGAAGAACAGCUCCCUUUUGGGCCCCUCAAUGGCACAGCGUGGACAUACCACUCACAGGAUGAACUGGGGGGCUCCUCUCACUGGGGACAGCUCACCAGCUACAGUGGAGGCGGCUACUACCUGGACCUUCCAGGAUCCCGACAGGGCAGCGCAGAAGCACUGCGGGACCUUCAGGAGGGCCUGUGGCUAGACAGGGGCACUCGGGUGGUCUUCAUCGACUUCUCAGUCUACAAUGCCAACAUCAAUCUUUUCUGUGUUCUGAGACUGGUGGUGGAGUUUCCAGCUACAGGAGGUGCCAUCCCAUCCUGGCAAAUCCGCACGGUUAAGCUGAUCCGCUAUGUCAGCAACUGGGACUUCUUUAUCGUUGGCUGUGAGAUCAUCUUCUGCAUCUUCAUCUUCUACUAUGUGGUGGAGGAGAUCCUGGAGCUGCACAUCCACCGGCUUCGCUACCUCAGCAGCAUCUGGAAUAUUCUGGACCUGGUGGUCAUCUUGCUCUCCAUUGUGGCUGUGGGCUUCCACAUAUUCCGAACUUUGGAGGUGAAUCGGCUGAUGGGGAAGCUCCUGCAGCAGCCAAACAUGUAUGCUGACUUCGAGUUCCUCGCCUUCUGGCAGACACAGUACAACAAUAUGAAUGCGGUCAACCUCUUCUUUGCCUGGAUCAAGAUAUUCAAGUACAUCAGCUUCAACAAAACCAUGACCCAGCUCUCCUCCACGCUGGCCCGCUGUGCCAAGGACAUCCUGGGCUUCGCUGUCAUGUUCUUCAUCGUGUUUUUCGCCUACGCCCAGCUGGGCUACCUGCUUUUCGGGACCCAAGUGGAAAACUUUAGCACUUUCAUCAAGUGCAUUUUCACUCAGUUCCGGAUCAUCCUUGGGGACUUUGAUUACAAUGCUAUCGACAAUGCCAACCGCAUCCUGGGACCUGCCUACUUUGUCACCUACGUCUUCUUCGUCUUCUUUGUGCUACUGAACAUGUUCCUGGCCAUCAUCAAUGACACAUAUUCAGAGGUCAAGGAAGAGCUGGCUGGACAGAAGGAUGAGCUGCAGCUUUCUGACCUCCUGAAACAAAGCUACAACAAGACCCUCCUGAGGCUGCGUCUGAGGAAGGAGCAGGUUUCAGAUGUGCAGAAGGUCCUGCAGGGUGGGGAGCAGGAGAUCCAGUUUGAGGAUUUCACCAACACCUUGAGGGGACUGGGGCACACAGAGCAUGAGAUCACUGAGCUCACGGCUGCCUUCACCAAGUUUGACCAAGAUGGGAAUCGCAUCCUGGAUGAGAAGGAGCAGGAACAAAUGCGACGGGACCUGGAGGAGGAGAGGGUGGCCCUCAACACUGAGAUUGAGAACUUGGGUCAGUCUAUUGUGGGGAAUCCACCAGGCAAGUCGCAUCCAGAGGCUGCCAGAGCCAGUGGCUGGGUUUCAGGAGAAGAAUUCUACACGCUCACAAUGAGAGUUCUGCAGCUGGAGACUGCCCUGGAAGGAGUCGUGUCCCAGGUUGAUGCUGUGGGCUCAAAGUUAAAGAUGCUGGAGAGGAAGAGGCAGCUGGCUCCCUCCCCAGGCACGGGGGAACAAGGCAUUUGGGAGCACCUACAGCCAGCUUCAGCUGUGACUCCAGUCCCCUGGGGAGUCCAGGGUGGCCAGGAAAGUGGUGGGGAGGGGUCCUAAAGCAUCAGGCAGCAGGCUCCUCUCUCACUGCCUCCCCAGAGGCCCUCUCUGCACAUGCUGUCCACUUCUAGGGCAGUAGUUCCCACCACCACUGCUGCUGCCAAGUCCCACCCAGUGUUUGGCCUCUUAAGCCAAUAUUUCUGUAGGUAGCUGGGUAUCAUGCUUAGGCUUGUGACUCAAGUGUUUCUGUGUGCAGCUAUGUAGCUCUGCAUACUCUGUAAAAUAACAUUUCCCACUGGACCUCUCACUCCCUGUGCUCUAAUCUCUACUGCAGUGAUUUUUUUUUUAAAUUAAAAAAGGUCAAUAACAAACGGAAGAAAGGAAGGGAGGUUAAUGAUUUUCUCCAAGCAUCUGGAUAGCCACAAUUUGUGAAAAAAGUGUAAGCCAAGAGAAUAGCAAUAUCUAGAUGUCUUUCUACUUGGCAGUGAAACCUAUCCUUUGUGCAUCUAGAGAUCUGCUGCUGGCACCUAUGAGGUUCUUGUCUUCCCCAUAGUGUCCCUUUAGAAGACAUGGGCAAGUCAUACAGGAGAGGAGACUUUCUCAAGUGGGGAGAUUACAAAGUUGCAGAGGAGUUCGCGUGACAACCUCACCAACCUCCUGGAGCAAAGUUCAUGAAGGUUCAGUGGAGGAGCCUGCUGAACACUGGGAACUGAGGGGGCUGUAAACCAGGAUGAAGAGGGAGCCUGAGGAGAAGCAGGGCCAAGAAACGACCUCAGGAUUCAGAGGUCUUUGGACUAAAAUGUGUUUUGCUCUGACUCUAUUCUUCCAUAGGACAGCGUGGUUUCCCUGGCAACUAUCAAUAAAAAUCCUUAGGAAAAUCAGGACUUUGCAUUUGCUUCUGGGUUUGUAAGGGGAAGAAGAGGGGUGGAACUGUGAGCUAUCCUUGUACUUGGGCUGGGGAAAGCUCAUCCCCGCUGGGAGGUCUAGAGUGGAAACAGCAACAACGUGAAGGGGCUGGGCUGUCCCAGGUAGCCCUGAGAUAAGAACUUCUGGCUCAUAGAAAUGGUUUGAACUGAUGGGCACUAUGAUUAUACCAUUAGAGACUGGAGACAGUGACUUAGGGAAGAGAAUAAGGUAGCCCUUACUCUGGGGUAGCUGGAGUGUGUGUGUGUGUGUGUGUGUGUGUGUGCGCAUGUAGAUGGAAGAUAACCAGGGAUAAGACCAAAAACUUCUACACCAAGGUUUUGACUGUAUAGGUCUGUAUCCCAAUACCUGUUAUACUUGUAUACCCCCUUUCUCUUCCCCUGUAACCUUUGUCCUUCCCUCAUUUUCCAUCUUGCAUUGCUCCCCAGUCACUUUUUCUAAUCCAUUGCCUCCCACUCCGCCGUUCCCCGUCCCAUCAAGUAUACUCUAUACACCUAGGAGACGUGUGAAACAGCUAAACAGUUACGAUAACCAGAUUGUAUUCUCAGUCCUAAAAAAGUUAUGAUCUAUGCUUUCUUAUAGAAAGGCCCAAUCAACUGAAGAGCAGUAGGUGCCAGCCUGCAGCUUUAAAAAAAAGGGGGUCAAGGAGUUGGUGUUAACCCAGGACAUAGGAAGGGAGAAUAUUUCAGCUCAGGGAUCAAUGCCUGACCGUUUCCCUAAGUCCCACUGAGGCUGCUUUCAAAAGCAUGGAUUCCCUGAGCAGCCUUUAGUGACGAAUACCAGCCUGGGGGCGGAGUCUCUGGGGAGUGGGUAACCUGUCUGCGGAGACUUUGGUCAGCAGGCCACCC